AUGACUAAAAAUAUUUUAAUUAUAACUGGUGAUUUCGUUGAAGACUAUGAAAUAAUGGUCCCUUUCUAAACUUUAGAAUUUUUAGGCUAUAAUGUUCACAUAGUAUGUCCUGAAAAAGACGAAGGUGCCCUCCUUAAGACUGCAAUUCAUGAUUUUGAAGGCGAUUAGACCUACACUGAGAAACCCGGUCACCAUUUCAAGUUAAAUUAUUCAAUUAAAAAUGUUAAACCAGAAACAUAUCAUGGCCUAGUACUUCCAGGAGGUAGAGCUCCUGAAUAUUUAAGACUUCAUGAAACAGUUCUUACGAUAACUAAGCAUUUUGUUGAUUCUAAGAAGCCUAUUUUGUCAAUAUGUCAUGGUAUUUAGAUACUUACAGCUAUUCCAGAUGCUAUUAGAGGCUAUAAUAUUGCUGCUUAUUAUGCAUGUGAGCCUGAAGUUAAAUUAGCUGGAGCUAAUUUCUUGAAAUUAGAUGCUAAUAAAGCUAUUUUACAUAAUAAUAUUGUCUCUACACCUGCUUGGCCUGGGCAUUAAGACUCUAUUAGGAAGUUUUCGGAAUUGUUAGGAACUACUAUUACUCAUAAAUGAGUAUUAUAUAUUAUUAUUAUUUAGUUUUAUUUUUAUAUAUAAAAUAAAUAAAUUUUUUAAAUAUA